AUGACUUCUAUCCAGGAAUUGGAACACUCGGCCGCAGUAGUGAUGGUAAGAUCUAAAAAUUUUCAUUUCUAUGAUGCAAUGCCCAUUUGAAGACGUUCACAUGUGUUUUUCUUUAGGCGCCGCCAUCUUUGGUGACGCAAGAACAGCGCCAAUCCGCCGAACAAGUGUUCCUGAAUUUUAGAAGAUCGAAGUCACCUUAUGCAGCUUGCAGACAGAUUUUAGGUAAUAUGGAUCUAUCAGUGAAUACUUAAACCAUCAAUUGAGUCACGGUGUAGUGUUAUGUUUCAGUCAGUCCUCUACAGUCAAGGCAGGUCAAGCGUACCCCCCAUGAUUCUAUUAAUGAAUUGAUUAUUUGAAAAAUGAAACCGUUAGUCAUUCCCGUAAUUGGUGUCAAAUUCAAAGCGGCAUUUCUGCAUGUAUAAUGAGCAGUGACUAUUUUACGAGAACUUCUCUAUAUUUGGUCAGAUUGAAAAUCUUUGAACGGAUUAAGUUUCUUAGAAGACAUUUACAUCAAAUUCAGGAAAACUGAGCUGGUAGAAAUUUCAUAGCUGCCUCGCGUGUGAAUUCACGGCUCAUUAUGCAUGCAAAAAAUGUAUAGAUCAAUCUGAAAUCUACAACUAGCAAUGGAUUCAGCUUUUGAAUGAUAAAUUCAUUAAUGGAUUCUUGAGGGGUACGCUUGACCUGGUUUGACUGUAAAGGAAUGCCAAUCGCUAAUUAUCACGACUGGUGCAAUCAAUAAAAACUGAUGUUAGAAAUCCAAUCGAUAAAUCAAUAAUUGUCGAUAAUCACUUUUGAUUGAUAUCGACUGUAUCAGUCAAUCAAUAAGAAUUGAUAGCAACAACUUUUUUUGUUGUCAGCACUAUCAAUUUUAUCGAUUUUAAUGAUAUUUUCGAUAUCAUGAUCUUUCAUUAGGGUCUGGGUCUCUUUCGUGAAAAUUCCACAUCCAUCGUUUUCCCGAAUCCCUUUUUUUUGUUUCCAUAAUACAUAGGUUAAAAAGUCCAAUUGCUGCAAAACCCUAUAAAUGUAAGAUGUAGAUUGGCCCUUCGAUUGAUAUUUUGAAUUUUACCUCAUAUUUUGAAUUUUACCUCAGUAUGACGAAGCAGAAGAAACAAAGAGAAGAGAGGAGGGUUUCUUCCCCCUCUGUUUAAUUGAAACUGUGGAUCUUCUGUCUGUUUGUCUGUUGAUUACUUGACAGCCUAGGUCAAAUUGUAUUUAUAUUUGCUUUGAUAGGAGACACCACUGAACAUUCAAUGACCAGCCACUGGUUUUGGAAAUAAGCAAUGGUUUUGCUCUAGGAAAAAUUGAGGGGAGCCCUUAUUUUUGAGUCUGUGAAAUCCAGGGUACCUAGCAUAGGAUUUCUAUGAAAAAACUAAGAAUUCCUAGUGGCUCAAGAGCAAAAGUAAAGCACCAAUGGCCACCAGGCUCUGCUAGAGCACAGCUCUGAUGGGCCAGUUCUCCUCCCUUGAAAAUAAAACAAUAGUGUAAAUAUGUUUUGGGCCCAACUCAGACUCAAUUUAGCCCGAGCUGCUAGGCAAGGGCUAAAGACUUCAAAAAAUGACAGCAAGACAGUCUGAAUCAAAUCAUGUGAGCAUUUACAUGUUGAAGGGCUUUUAUUUUUGCCCAAAACUGGCUAGUGAAAAUAUUAAAAUGUUGUGCCAUUUCGACAGUUUUUACGAAUUAUGAUAGACAUGAAAGCCUCUUUGUAAGUGUUAAAAUAAAGUGUGCACGUGUACAAAUGUUAAACUGACAGUUUGUUAUAAUUAGUUGAACUGAGUGUGUUUUGCUUGAAGCCCCAAAACUUACAUGCACUUUGUCACUGACUAUGGAGCUACUACAGGUGUUAUUUACAUCAGAAGCGUCUCUAAGUUUUAUAGAUCUUCUUCCUCUAGCUAAGAAAAUUUAAAAAUUUACAAAUGUUUGUUGUUAUAAUGUUUUGAUUAUGUUUUCACCCAUGAUUUGAGCUUUGAAAAUGGCAGCGUGAUUUCUUUAAAUGACAAAUGAUGCAAGAAAGCAUUGUCAUGAACAUUGCAAUGGCUUCUCGAUUUUGAUUGGCUGUUUAUAUCGUAUGACUAUUAAUCCUCUCAUUUCAUUCGUUUAUUUCAGUGGACUGAUUUAUAUUUUAGCCAGCCAAUUUCUCCCGCAAAAUGUGCCACAAUGCCCAACAAAGUGAUCAACAGAAACAUUAAAAUUUUAACUGUUUUCUUUAUAUAUAGAACAAAGUAGGAAUGACUAUGUGCUGUUUCAAGCUGCUUCCACAAUUAAAGAAGCCAUCCUCCGUGAGUGGAACAUACUUGACAAGUCAGACAUUGAAUCCCUCAGAUCAUUUCUGCUAACAUUUGUUACACAUAAGCAAGAGUAAGUAGAAUACUCUGUUGUUAGUUAGCUUUCGUAAAAUGCUUUAAGACAGAAGUUUCCCAGUUGACUCUUCUGUCCUAUACUGAUAUGAAUCUCAUGUGCACUCUUAACUUCUAUCUUGUACCAACAUUAGUUCUAGAACCAGUUUGGUAUGGUAGGCUUAAAUUUGGGUGUCUUUAUGUAAACUGAAGGAGGUCAACAUACAAUGAAUACCAUGACUGAUUUUUGUUAUAAGAGUGAUUUCUCUAAAUUUCUGGGGGUUUUUUUAAGGAUAAAUAUCUGACAUCUCUGACUUGGAAAAAGUUGUUUGGUGGAUCUUUCGUGAAAUCUUCCUCAUAAACUUUUAUCAACUUUUCCAGCAACAUGGGCUAAAAUAUGUUCAUCUGGUUUUUUUACAGUGGUAGUUGGGAGACCAGUUUAAACAUUAAUUUUUACCACUAGUGUUGCCCUUUGUGAGAUAAACAAAACUAAAAAGGCAUCUCUCAAACCUCGAAUAGAAUGAAUACAUAUUUUCAGCCCUUUAUGAGGACUUGUUAAUCUUCAUGAAAAAAUAUCUAAUUUGGACCAGAGGAAAAACUCUGACAAUCUUGGCUUGACUAUAUAAUGUAUAACAGACGUAUUAUGCAACAAAGACUAGAGAUUUCUUUGUCAUACACAACAACAAUUAAAUUCUGUGUGAUGCACAUGUAUGUAGCUUGUGUAGAUGUUCCCCCUCCCUCAGGAAAAAUCGGGAGAGGAGACGUCUGUGAAUCGCCAACGAUAAUCGUGUUCCCGUUUCCCCGUAAUGUUGGGGACAGCCUCUGAUUGGUUGUAAUGUUAAUGCCAUGACGCAAGUAAUUUCUGGUGUUGUGAUUGGUGAAUGAACCUCAGAAUAGAUUCCCCGGGGAAAAGCUCAGCCUUUGUGGACAUUCAUAUUUGUUUACCGGUAUUUGUAUUUCGGCUCUCUCGAAAAAGCAUGAGAAGUUAAGACCACCGUUUUUUGCUGCACUGGUUAUGGGUGCGUCUGUCUGUACCGGUCGGUAUUGUAAAUAAAAGAGAAGACAUCCAAAUUCAACGUUAACAGCCAAAGCAGGUCAAGCUUACCCCAAAACGAUUCUAUUAAUGAAUUGAUUAUUUGAAAAAAUGAAUCCGUUAGUCCUUCCUGUAACUGGUGUCAAAUUUAAAUCGGCAUACCUGUAUGCGCAAUAAGCAGUGAAUAUUUUAAGAGAACUUCUCUGCAUUUGGUCAGAUUGAAAAUCUUUGAAUGGAUUACAUGUCUUAGAAGACAUUUACAUCAAAUUCAGGGAAACUGAAGUGGCAGAAAUUUCGUAACUGAAUCGCGUGUGAAUUCAUGGCUCAUUACGCAUGCAAGAACGCACACAGAGAUGAAUCUGAAAUCUACAACUACCAACGGUUCAACUUUCGAAUAAUAAAUACAUUAAUGGGAUCUUGGGAGGUACACUUGACCUGGCUUGAGUGUAAUCAGAGAUCUUAUAUCUGGAUUUUUGGGUGGACAUUGCGUGCAGAUAUUUGGCUAGCCUGUGCACAGACGCCAGAGGUAUUUUUCGACCUACAUGUGCCUUUUCGACUGUAAGCGAAAGGACAAAAAAAUAAUUUAUGCAAAUGUAUAUCGGAACACGAUUAGUGACGGCGAUUCACAGACGUCUCCUCUCCCGAUUUUUCCUGAGGGAGGAGGGACUUCUGUACACAGGGUAACAUGUAUGCAAUAAAAUAAUGGAAAAAUUAAUGUUACAUCUACAUGUAUAGUAUGUGUACUUGUGAAAUUUGUUUUGGUCUCCUUUCUUAGCAUUCAAAAAUAUGUGAAGGAGCAAGUUCUGCAUGUUGUGGCAAUAAUUUGCAAAAGAGGCAUUUUAGAGAAUUCCCUUGCAACUCAAGAAUCAUUACUUAGAGAUGUUACCCAGCUUAUCUCAAGCAACAACAGAGAGAUGGUGAGUACCAUAAGUUAUUAAAGCAUAACAAAAGGGCUUUAAAAGCUCUGGCGACCGGCUUAAAUUGCCUUCUAGUUGACGCUUAGGCGGCGAAUACUGAAGCUCUGCUGGGGAAAAAUUCUGAAAAGCAAAUUGACCUUGAAACAGCAACAAGACUAGCUGAAAUGGCGACAAAUGGCGUGAAGAUGUGUAGAAUACUGAAGUAAAUGUCGCCUUUUCCUCAAAGUGCAAAAUGCAGAUAUUUGAAAUUCAUACUAGGGACAUGUUGUAGGUUAAUAAUUAUUUGUUUCUUACAUGUAGGUCAAUUAUCUGUUUUCAACCAAGAUCAAUUUGUUCAUUAUAUUCUAUUUUAUUUUGGUUCCCAACACUUUUUGUUUGAUUGGCGCAAUCCUCAUGGCCACAAUUUCUUUCCCUGGUUUCUCAAAAUCCACUGAUAUGCUCUUUUUAUUAACCACAAAAGAAACAUUUUUCCAGGGAGUGGCCCCGGAUUCCCCCAAUGAAAGCGGGUAGGUUGUGCCGUGAAAGACGUCCUUUUCAAUCUAAUCAGUUGCCACCUACAUGUACUUAAUUUUUCUCCUUUUAUUUCACAUUUUCUAGAGAACCCUGAUAACAACCAUUUUUUGUCAUUGUGGAGACGUGAAAAAUGUAGUAAUGUCUAACUUUGAAGUUCCAGUAAAAUACAUUCCGUGAAACCUGUAUUAUUCAAACACCCAGGGUGCUCUCACUAUUGUCCCUUAAUAACAUCUGCUUUGUAGCAGAAAAUUUGAAAAGAAAGCAUUGAAACUUAUAAAAUUAAAAUAAAAGCACAGUUAAGGCUAAAAAAAAGCACAAUGAAGGCACCAUCUAUGCAUCAUCAAUGGUAUUCAGUCUUGAUGCAUGCGUGAUUACAAAAUAUAAUCUUUUUUGUUAUGGCUGUGAUCACCGACACGGUGCACUUAGCCAAUUUUUUUUUAUUUCAAGUCACCCUCGAUUCGAGCAAGCUCUGUAGUUGGAAGUCGCUAGAGCUGUACAAAUGAAGGUCACGUGGCAGCAUGCUGUGAAAGCUUAGGUUAAGAGAAGGGUGGGAGAAGGGUUUAAUUAUUAAAUAUAAUAAUGUGUGUAGGGUAAAUGCAAACAAAGUGAAAGUUUGGGUUGGAGGAAGGAGGAUCACAUGUGCCUGACCCUCAUGACCUCUCAUUAUUCUCUUUAAGAAGUAGGAGAACUUACUCACAGGCUAACUGAACCCCCAGGUUAGUACUUUAUAUAUGGACAGAUUAGGAGGUGGGGCUGGGGGGGGGAUGCUCCCUGCCCUCUGCCUCCUGUUUCUGUAAUAUUUUCUCUAUGUAACUGCUAUUGAAACAACUUGUUAUAAUUGUUAUUCUUUUGCAGAAAAUUUUAGGUUGCCUUAUCUUGAAGGCAUUACUGAGUGAGUUUUCAUUCUUGAACCAAAGCAGUGACAUUGGUUUGAGCUGGGACUUUCAUCUUCGCUGCAAGAAAGCAUUUGAGGUAAAGGAGACCUAAAAAAUGAGAUUGACUCAGACAGGUGUAUAAAAUUGCACGGUGUAAUAAAUUUUUUUAUUUCUUUUCUCCGUAAUCACAUAGAUUUUCUGUUAACUGUGCGGUAGUCUUGGAAAAAUAAAUAAUUAUUAUUGUUUUAUACUUACAGAGUAAGAUGAGGAUUGUUUCCCAUUGAUUUUAGGUGCAGGCUCUGAAACAGAUUUUUGUGCUGGUGGUACAUGGUCUACAGCAGUUUUUGCAUACAGAAUUGAAUUUGUUAUCCAGGGAGGACAUUUCUGUUUUGGUCGUAAUCAUAUCCUUUCAUACACACCUUUUUUCUUCGUAAAUCACUCCAAUCUGUAACUGUUUAAGUCACCAACUGUAUUAUGGCUUUAGAAGUUGGUGCCUCAUUGCUGUCAAUUAAGUGUUUGAGGUGCCAAACUUUAUUUAAUAAAAACGUUAGUUCUAUCCCCAGUUUAUUUUGCACAGAAAAAAUGGGCCUUUUAAGGCUGAUGACAAAAGCUUGUUUUUCAUCAAAACUUUAAUAAAUUUAAAGAAAUGUGGUCUGCAGCAUGCAAAGAAAGUCGUGCCCAAUACCCCAGAGCUGGUGGAUUUUGCUAUCGGGCUAGCAAAUUCUGUUCUAUAACUUGCCCGACAGGCAAGUGUAGUUUUUAAAGAUUUCAAUAUAGGAGAACUGUAAUCAAUAUCCUGCUCAUCAAAAAAUUUUCUUUGGUGUAGUUAAAAUAUCUCUUUGACUAUUGAAUGCUAGCUACAGCUUGUCCAAAUGGCAAGCUGUAAAACUGACUUUCUUUGCACCCUGGGUCUGGAGUGCUGGCUUCAACAUUUCUAAGGUUUCCCAAUGCAAUCUAAGUUAUUUUAUCUCUACCUGUAUAUAAAUCAUAACAACGUCACAGUUCUUCAUGCACCUGUUGCCUUCUGAAGUGACUACAGUAUAUGGCAUCAUCUGUAAGAAGUAGAUUUUUUUCUUGACAAACACACAUUUUCAUGGUCAAAAGAGAUUCCUGUGGUCAGAGACAUCAGUCACUCAGUUCAAACCUGGAUCAGCUUGGAGAGCGUUGCUUUUUGAUCCUGCAUUAGUAGGCAUGUUUUUUAAGGUAAGAAGCUGAUCACAUAACUGAAAAGAAAGGAUUUAGAGUUCUUGCAAAUUAAACACGAAAUUUUAAAAUUGCCUAAAAAAAAAAAUUUUGCUUUCGCACAUGUACAUCAUAGAGAAAAGUGAAAACUUGUUGUCCUGAAUUCCUAGCCCUCAAAUAUAUUGCUUUAGGAUUUUUCAUUUUGUACUUCCAGUUGUGCAGAGGAGAGCAAUGAAAUGUACCAAAAAGAACAACAUUAAAUCAAAGUGGUUCUGGGUUCGAGUCCAGCUCUGGCCACUUACUGUCUUACUGUUCUCCAUUUUCCUGAGUUCAUAUCCUUGGCCAUGCUUGUAAUAGCCAACUGGUGACCUUCUACCAGUUGGGGCUUUUAAUCCUGUUAUGUUCCAUUUUGAUUAUUUGUUUCUAAUAAUUAUUUGAGCGGAGUACCUGUAAAAUAGCUGGAUAAGCUAAGAGCACUUCCACUAUAAACAAAUUGUUAACCUUUUUGACCUUCUUAUAUAGCUUUUGUCAUUUCUUAAGGUCCCUUUUAUCUGUAAGCUUGAUUACCAGCUGCUGUGUGGGAAAUGAGCCCUCGCUCCUCCCCCGAACACCGAUAGAGUGGCAGAAAUCGAGCCUAUUUUAUCUUUAACUUGUCUUGCAUCAUGAAAAUUAAUUUUGUAUCGCAAAAUUAAUUGAUAAAAAGUUGUCUCAGAUAAACUUGCUUUAUCCACUAACCUCGAAAUAACAAACCUCUGUAUAAUGAAAUCCUCAGUUUAAUGAACAAUUUUCUUUACCCCUGUAAUAGUGAAAUAUAUGUAAAAGAACCUUGGUAUAGCAAAACCUCGUUAUAGCGAACAAAUUUUGCAUGUUUCUUGGGACUUUGUUAUAUUGAGGUUCCACUGUAAUUUAUUGUGGUGUUCUAUAGCUUCAGGUGAAUUUGCAAGCUAAUGAAGACUUGAGCCAUCACUGUGGACAGUGUUUAAUCCAGCUUGCUGCCCUUUCUGGUGGAAUAUUCGCAGAUGCAUCGUCACAAACUCAAUAUUUAUCCCACUUUGUGCAAGGAUUCUUGCAAAUUUCAAAAAAGUAAGUGUUCUUGUAGUUAGCCAAUCCCUGCUAGCAGAGGUCUCUCACGACGAGGCAAAAAUGAGAGAAAGGAGAGAGACUCUCUCCUUUCCCUCAUUUUUGCCUCCUUGUGAGAGACCUCUGCUAGCAGGGAAAGUUAGCCAUAGGUCUGAGCCCUCCUGAAGAAUUUUUUUGGAGGGGGUUAAUUUGCAAUAAGGUUCAAAGAGUACAGAUGUUUUUGCUGGUUUGUUUAAUUGCCUUAUAAAUCUAAUUUUAUAUUGAUUCUGAUUUUGUUCUCUAGUAUUGAGAUGAAUGGUCAAGCUGCACUAGGACUAGGAAGUAUUGUAAACCGCCUCCUGUUUGUCUUUCCCUGUUCAUCAUUCAAGGCUUUACCAGCUGAUUCAUUGAAGUUGUUCGUGAAUUCCAUGACAGAUCUGACUUGCCUAUUUUUAGAGGCAGUUGCUAAAGAAGAAGAGGUGUGCACUCAACUGGUUAUAUCAUUAUUUUUUACUGUUACUCAGCCUUUGAAAUCAAAACCACUUGAGAUUUUUUUUUUGCAACAAAAAGAUUUUAUCAACAACUCCACAACAUUACAUAAACUUUACAAUCUGAAACUAACGGUACAACUUUACAUGUAUGGAAAACCACUUUUGAUAGAUUUUGUUGAUCAAGCAAUACAUAUAUGUAUGAAGAGCUUAAGUGGCAUUGAUUUUGGAUAGCAGUAGCUGUUAAAAUAGUGGUCAAUUUACACUGAGUUUAACCAAUAUUUUCCAAAUAAACUUACUACCAAUAUUUGUGGCAAAGAAAUUUGUUUAAUUUAUAAUUUUAACAAUUAGGCAUGUAAGUGCAACUUUGUAUAAUCUAGGUUUCACUUCGGUAGUUGGUUACAUGCCUAAUUUUUUAAAUUAAAAAUUAAAGAAAUUUGCAAAUGAAGCAAACAAAAUAUUUGUCUGUAGUCUCCUUCACGGCCUCUUGGGCUGGAGUCACACAAUACUCCGCUCCCUACCCCUACUUGGUAGGCUUUUGUUAGUAAUUCUGUGUAGCCUAUGUUUGUACACUUAAGUCCCUUGAUUUACUUUGCACCUCCAGCUCAACUCUGAAGACACCAGCUUUAUAGAGGCAGUGGAGCAAAUGCUUGAGGGCUGGGCUAGUUUAGUGGAACAUGUCAGUCAGUUACCACCUGGUGUUUUUAAUGACAGUGCUACAAGGAUAAUAAACUGUUAUAUUCAGUGUCAUUUGGCCGCACCCAAUGGAUUACGUGGAACAUUUUUAUCGCAAACAAACAAUGGAAUUCACUUGGAUGAAAUAUGUGACCUUGAUAGUGAUGACAGAGAACUAUUUGCAGAUCAGUUGUGUACUGUUGGAAGCUUAGCACGCCUGGUGCCAAGUCAUGCAUUUGCUCUUCUCGCAAAACUAUUAGAAGAAAGAGUUAAUCAACUUGAGAAGUAUCUCACUGCUGUCAAGAAUUCAACAGGUAUGGUAAAAAAUGUUUAGGCUUUCUUCCUGCCAGUACAGUACUAAUUUGUGCAGAUAUUAAGAUCUCUGAAGGUUGAAAGUUCAUUUCAUGUUGAUAAAAGGGUGUAAAUAAUAAGCCCGGGUUGGUGCGCUCCUAUAUAAAAGUGGCGGGGAUGCUUGUCACCUCAUUUGGGGUGUAAAUUGCAGAUUUUGGUCUCAUUUUGGGUGUUUGGGAUGGAAAGUUACUAUAUUUGCCCAUUCAGGUAUCGCUUAGUACUGUGCAUAAAGAAAUGUACAAAAAAUGCCCUGACACUGACCACACAGAAAUGCCUCUUAGGGAUCAGUUUAAGCUUGAUCCGGACCCACAUUGGACAUCCUUAGGGGUUUAACUUGAAUUUCGUGACAAGAAGACCCAUCACUUUUAUAUGGGAGUCCCCAGUAGUCAGACUUGCGUUGACAAUUUUUCGUGUGGCAAACAUUGAAAAACUUGCCCUGAAUGCUGGUUUAUCCGAACUUUUGAGCCCUCAAGUUGGAUGGACUAUUGUCUGGUGUUCAAGACCAGAAAACAUCAAUGUAAGUGAAGGUCACGUUAAAACAUGCAAGUAAUAGCCCUGUCACCUUUUUCCCACACAAGCGUUUUGCAGGCCUCUUUUUUCUGUCGUCCUGUUGCGUAAACUCACUAUUGUUUAUUCAGCACCAUGAUACUCAAUCUUUUUAUCUGAUUAAUUUUAGCACCCUUUGAUCUUGCAAGUGCAGAUAACUUAUAUGAAGACCUACACUGGUUACUUCUAAUUUCUGCUUAUCUUCUUGCUGAUGAAAGUAAUGGCGAGAAGCCUCUCAUUCCAAGUGAGAUUAUUUCAUAUGCAUCAAGUCUAAAGGAACAAAUUGAUAGCCAAGCCACUUUUCAUUCUCUUUGUGCAUCGCAACAUCAAAAUAUGGGUAAGUGUUGUGAUAGGCAAAUCUCUCUUUACAUUUCAGCCUCAUUAACAUCUGCUUAACAUUCUCUGAUCAAACUAUUCAAAAUAACAUGUCUGAAUGUUGAAAGAGCAUAGGAAUAUUAGUAAUGUCUGAGUAAAUUUGAACCCAACAUACCAAAAUGAUAGAUUUGGGGAAACUUUUUUUUUGAAAACUUGAAAUAAACCCCUCCUCGGUUUUCUCAAGGUUUGUCUAGGACCUGGUAGCGAAAAUCUAUUAGCACGGCUGGAAAGAACGCCUUUUUAUCAAAUUGGGAUGCAACUGUCUUUUUCUUAUUACAGUAGAAUUAAGCCACUAUUUUAAAAACAGUAAGUUUCUUGCAGGCCUUACAUAGCGAAUUAAAUUACUUGCAAGUGAACUAUGCCACAUGUCCUUUUUUUUAAGUGAAAGAUUUUUCUGCAAUUUUAUGCAUGCCAAGGUCAAACAUCAAACUUCAUGUGUGAUAAUUAUAAUUAGCAAUUAUUCCUCGAGCCCGAAUGGGCUAUUGACUCAGAGGCCAUGAGGACGAGAGGAAUAAUUGUUUUAGUAAAAUCCAACUAGUUGGUUAAAAAUAUUAAGACAAAACAACUUUAGCUAGCAAAACACGAUUCAGCCGCCAUUGUUUUGGUUUUCAAAGCUGGCACUUUUCACUAGCUCAACCAAUCAGAACGCAGCAUUGAUAAUAGACCUCUAGUGGGAUUUUACUAAUGCUAAUUAGCAAAAUCUCUUGUUUUCGCUUACUAGCAUAGGGUUCGUCACAUGUAAAGAUUGGCGUUUCAGUUUGGCCUUACAAGGUUUUCUGACAACAUUUUUUGUCAUCCUUUGCUUUAUAACUCCUAAAACAACGCUAAAAAGUUUAGAAUACUUUGAGGUGGUUUUCUAUGAAUUUUUGAUACAGAUUCUACCAGUCAAUGUUUUGAUUUCCUCUUUGUUCAUUCCCCACUGCAGGAGAUUCAUAUGCAACUUUGAAUUACUCAAGAGUUGACCCAGUAGUGAGACUUGUAUCGACAAUUUUUCGCGCGGCAAACAUUGAAAAACUUGCGGUGAAUGCUGGUUUAUCUGAACUUUUGAGCCCUCAAGUUGGACGGACUAUUGUCUGGUGUUUACGGCACUGGGUUAAGUCUUAUUUGUUACCAGAUGAAAAGGAAUACGAACAGCUUAGUGCAAGUCUGUUGUCAGUUUUUGGUGCAGGUACAGAAGGUGGUAAAUGGACUUUAGGAUUUUUACUGGACAAAGUUAGAUCAAACCUGUCUGGAUGGUCAGCAGAGUCACAGAUUGUGGAGGACACGGCCAUGCUGCUGUUAAGCUUGGUUGAUUCUAAAAGCAGGUAGAUGCAUAUUGCUCCUCUCCUUUCACAUAACUGUGAGUGAAGAGUGAUGUACGUUAAACUCAACUUGCUAUUUUACAUUCUUAUCAUAUGCAAUUUAAUAGCGGAGUUAUCUCUCGCGCGCUUUUUUUAGCACCAUUGGUAGGAAAAUUUGGUUAUCUAUGCAUCCAAGAAAUUUUAGGUUGACUUGAUAUUGGACACCCUUUUUUUUGAUACAUUGACAGCUGUCAAAAUAGGGUACCCACUGACUAGUGCCACUUGACUGUAUUGCGCGCUCAGGUGUCUAACUCACUGAGUUGACGUGUUUUUUAAAGUUCUCUGCAAACCAGUUAUGGUAGUCAAUUGAUUGCAGGCUCGCAAAACUUGACCUCAGAAGGACAGUUUUUAAAAGUUUCCACAAGAGCUUCGCUUUUGACCUCGGCUAAAUCUAUAUAUUGUACAUGUAAUAGUAAGUUAUGUCCUUUUUUUCUCAGAGCAGAGAUGGCCAUCUCAUUUGACAGUCUGUGGCUGUUGGCUCAGGAGCACCUGUCAACAACAGCAGUGUUACACAAGCUGGCACCUGAGGUACUGCGAUAUCUUACACAGGCGCUUGUCCUGGCUGCCUCAGCUGCUGAUGAUCAAGCUGUCAGAAAGAAAUACUUGGAUCAGGUGAGUGGCGUUAACUUUGCUAAUAAACUGUCAAAUGAGACAGGACUGUCAUCACCAAGCUAAGGGUACAUUGCUCAAUUCCUUACCUUACAGAUGGCAAAGCCAUUGCAGAAUUAGUAUAGGUAAUAGCAUGAUUUGUAGUGAUAUUUGGCAUAAAUACCACGAAAGAUAUUUCGAAAUUGUUAUACGUAAUUUUGAAAUAUCACAAGUGGAAUUUAUGCCAAAUAUCACGUACAAAUCGUGCUAUUAUUUGUUUAAUAGUUUAAUUAUUUGUUUUUCACACAUAGGUAUUUCAAAUUAAGCUGAAAUAACACUGCUCUAAGCCAAUCAAAUUGCAGAAAUUUCUCAUGUAGUUGUAUAUCUGAAUUAACUCAAUUCGAAAAUUUCUGGAACAGUGUAGUGCAUCUCUGAUUUCAUAGAAUUUGAAUAUUUAAGCACAAUAGUAGAUGAUUCUUAGUCGUUGCUAAAUGCUAGCAAAAAUUUGUGCUUGGCACCUUUUUGUAGGAAGUACAUGGGACCUCAUUUCCAGUGGUUCCUUCUUCUCAGCAAGCUUUUCAUGGACGAAGAUAUACGAGCAUUCUAGUAAACCGGGCUCUAAAUUUUGUAGCUUCACAGUAAUUUUCAAGGAGUUAUAAUAACUCCUCUAGCGGGGUUAAUUUAACUCCUUACAGUGGAGUUAUUUUUUGGGGCAGUUAUUUUAACUCCAAAAAGGAGUUUAAAGAAAUCUUGUUCAGGAGUAAAAAUACCCCAGAUAUUGAGGAGUUAAAAUAACCCCCAAAAAGGAGUUAUCCUGUACCUAAAAUUUUUACUCCACUCUCAGAGUUAAAGCAAUUCCAAAAAGAGUAAAAACGACCCAUGUAAGGAGUAAAACAAACCCCAUUUUCUGAGUUAAAAGAACUCUUUUUCAGCAGUAAAAAUGACCCCAAAUUUGGAGUUAAAUUAGGAGUUUAAGUAACCCCAUAAAAGGGGUUAUCCUGUAGCUAAAAUUUUUACUCCAUUUUUGGAGUUAUAAUAACUCCCUAAAAAUUACUGUGUAAUGAAUUGUCCGAUGCUAAUUUUAACGCCGGUUGGUGUUUGAUUUUCCCACAGAUCUUGCAUACUCUACAGUCCUACUUUUCAGGCAUCUGUCACCAGUCAAAUUUUGCCAAGUCAUCUCAAAAAGAAGGAGUUAAAAGUCAGCUACAGUCCCUUCUUGAAGCCUUCCGAGGAGCUGCUUUAGCAACAAAUUUACGCAAUGUUCAUGCAUUGUUUCAUUAUCUUAAUCCAGUGUUAAGAGACUGUGUUCAUUUACUAAAUGUCUAUCAAAACUGUCCAGAAAUGGUGGUUGUGGUUUUGGAAUUUUGUGUUGAUCUGGCCGACUCCCAGGUUGCCUUUCUGAGUAAGGUAGGUUGUGGCAUCAGGAUUCACGGAAUUAGCUUAACCCUUUCGUCCCAACAUAAGGUUCAUAUUCUCCUUUCUUGUCCUAAAAUGUUAAGCAGUAUUGCAGAGAAUUUGUCCAAAUAUCCUGAGAAUUUAUCAUUGGUGAUUACCCCUUUGAUUGUCAUAAUCUCCCUGAUUGAUUGAGCAUCGAGAUUGCGAGGAAAAAUUUGAUUUUAAUCCCUCUGCCUAAAGGGGGUAUGGCAGGUGGGUUAGGGUUAGGUUGGCAUUGUUCAAGACAGUCGAAUGUAAGUUACCGCUGCCUGGUUAUCACCGCCGCCUGAUUAGCUCAGUUGGGAGAGUGCCCGUCUGCUGAGCGGGAAGUAGCGGGUUCGAACCCUAGCCGGACCAACACUCAGUGUCUUUAAAUAACUGAGAAAAAAGUGCUGCCUUUGUAAUGACAUCUGCAAAUAGUUAGACUUUCUAGUCUUCUCGGAUAAGGACGAAAAACGGUAAAUUCCGUCUCACAGCACUUACACUUACCUGGUUCUUGUGGGACGUAAAAGAACCUACACCACUGUUCAAAAAUAGUAGGGGACGUAGACCCGGUUGGUGUGGCCAACCUUCAGACGUCGUUCACAUUAUUGGUUGGGUGGGUACAGUAAGCUAAUAAAUGAAAAGCGGCUGCUAGAGGCGCCCAUGUAUGCUGACGUCCGAGCUUACUGUUAACAUGUUGAUAUACAUUGUAAAGAGGGCGCAUCUGUUGUCCUCUCAUCCACGACUCCUUCCUCCUUCUUAAGUAAGCUGACCCAGUUGCUGAGGUAACCAUGGCUACUUCACCAUGAGUGGACACCUUCUCUUUGACGGCACUUUUACUCAUUGGGGAAGCCAUGACUCAAGCACAGAGACUUACGCUUCCAGCUACUUAUCAUGAGGUGGGAGGAAGGGGUAAAAGUCAAAACCGAGCAAAAAACGUUACAACCACCAGGAACAAAACAGCAAGGAGCAAUGCGCAUGCUCCUAUUGGGAAUCCGCAGACCCUUCUCUAAUAACCCUGUCCUAGCUAACUAUGCGUGAUUGUAAAUGACUUUAUUUUACUUGUUAGAUUUGGUUUCGUACUCCUAAAAGUAACGGUAAAGUGGAACUUGCAUUGAUCCGACGCGCGCAUGGGGUUUUAUACACCAGACGUGAUCCCCACGUAAACAUUGGGCAAUCUUAGAAAUCCAUGUGUUUUUAUUACGUGACAUCAGACAUCUACAUAGACAUAACAGAGUGUUUGAACUAACUUGUAAAGAAAUAAAGUUGAUGUUAGUUUAUCAGUGGAUGUUUUUUCUUUUAGAAUGAGGCAGCAGAACUCUAUGAAGCUUGCAUGGCACUUGUGCAAACUUAUGGAAAAUGUAACCUGGGUAAGUUUCAACUUGUAGUUAUCCUUUUUAAUACGUCGUUUUAACGUUUCGGGGAGGUUUUUUAUAACCUCAACUUACCCGAUACUUAAACUAGUAAGCAAAGUGUGUUUAUGUCCGAAUAGCUUUUCGAGCCGACACGAAAAGCUAUUCGGUAUAGAGUACUAAAGUGUGACGUCAUUAAAAUGAAAUUUCUGAAAUUAUGGAAUUUGUCAGGAUAUUCUGAAAGAACAAUGUCCAAACAAACAAACCCUUCUAAAUUUUUUUGGGUCGACCCCAAAAAAAUUUAGGAGGGAGUUUUCUAAGCAUAACUGGGCUAAGAUCUCAGAGACAAUUUGCCCCGAAAUGCUCAUUUUUGGCAAGUAGGCCUCUUGGACAUUGUUCUUUCAGAAUAUCCUGACAACUCCCAUAAUUUCAGAAAUUUCAUGUGAUCUCCCGUAGCUAAGUGGUAGAAUACAUGUACUAAUAUCCAGAUUGUCAUAGGUUCGACUUCUGUUGGCAGCACUCGGAUCUUUUAUUUCCAGCUUCCUGUGUCACUGACUGAAAAAUCAUCUUUCUCAAGGGGUGAAUUUGUUGUCUUGUUUCAGGGAAAGUCAGCAGGGAGGCCCUUACAGAAGAGGAACAGUUAAACGAUCUUCUUUUGUUGAUAAAACUCCUUGCGAGUGUGCUGUCGAAGGACUUCCUUGAUUUUAGCACAGGUAGGUUAACACGGAUUGUGGGUAGCCUGUGGUAGAAUGUACCGUCGUCUUUGCUCGGUUGACUAAUACAACCUUGUACAUGCAAUUCGUUUUCCUGGCUUAUAAAAAAUAACUUUUUGUGAUGAUUUUCAAUUAAUUUGUAGAUCAAGAGAAAACCCACGUGUCAGCGGCUGAUUUGGCACUUUAUGGUCUUCAUGUUAUUAUACCGCUCAUGUCGUCAGAUGUUUUAAUGGUAAGUGUACUUCUUUAGUCUCCACAAUGUGUUGACUGUAAUCGGAGUGUUUGUACAAGUUUAAAUUAGUCUAAACCCAAAGCAAACAACCCGAGGAAUAUUUUUGCGCAGAGAUCCUUAGUCUCUUUUUUUGUUUUAUUUCACUUUGAUCGCGUUUAAGAAAGGAGAAAAUUUGUAACUUAUAAUUUUUUUGGCCACGUAGCUCUCGUUGAAACGUGUCCGCGCGUUCCUGACCGAGAAUUGAAAUUUGGAAGUUUUGGUUUUUAAGGAGAGGGGAAAACCGGAGUUCCCGGAGAAAAACCUCUUGGAGCGAAGGAAAGGACCAACAACUACCAUAAAAGUCCCGAAAAUAAGCCCCGGGGCUUAUAUUUUUCAAAGGCUUAUUUUGAGGGGCUUAUUUGUGGAGGGGCUUAUAUUUGGAGGGGCUUAUCUAGGGGGGAAAUUUACUUUUCAAAAUCGAUUAGGCUAGCCUUAUAGUUGGAAGUAAAUUUACCGUUUUUGCUUUGUUUUACUUUGUAUUUGAGCGCAAUUUUCCAAGUACAAGCCCCCGGGGGGCUUAUAUUUGGAGAGGCGAUUUAAAGGCGGUUUUUUUUCGUUACCGGUUUGGGGGGCUUAUAUUGGAAGGGCUUAUACAUGGAGGGGCUUGUUUUCGGAAUUUUACGGUAACUCAACCAAUAUAAGACUUUGACGCCAGGAUUUGAACCCUCGCCACCCUUGCCCUUCUAAACAUAUUCCUAACUUGAAUUUCGUGUGGCUUUUUCCGGCGAAUAAGGCACUCACUAUUCACAUGCUACUGGAAUGACUUUCAUUCUGGAACGAGUUUAUUCCAACCCCAUAUAUUUCUCUGUUUUUUUUUUUUAUACGAUGCUGAAACGACAUUUCGUUCCCGUACAAGUCAUUCCGGUUUUCAGUCAAAAUAAAAUUGUAGUUCUGGUAGGAAAUUUCUUUCUGGUAUUAUGUAACCUGAAAACGAACUUCGUUCCGAUCGCAAAUCGUGUAGUGUGGCGCAUGCGUAUCAGAUCUCUCGCGAAAACGGCGCUAGCGCCUGAGCACACCUCAGGCCGAGCCGCUAUCAUGUGAAUGUAGCACUAACUUCACGCUGGAACGAAACCCACUUCCGGAAUGAAAGUCAUUCCGGUAUCAUAUAAACACCCCCUAAAUCAAGCUAAGUUAAAUCCUAAUUGUAAGCCCUGUGCUUUAAAGAGUAGCUUUAGGUUGGGGUAUAUCCGGGAAGUUAGGAAGAGGGGCUUGUAAUUGGAGUAAAACUUUCGAGGCAAACUGAUAACAACACGUGCUUUAUUUCAACAUGCUGUAACAAGUAACGUUUUUCUAUUCUUAGUUUCCAGUGGUAUGUUCAGAGUUCUUCAAACUGACGACAAACGUUUGUGAUAUGUACCCUGAAAAGAUGUGCCUUCUUCCAGAAGCUCUGUUUAAAAGCUUGAUGGCUUCACUCGAAAUGGGACUGGCAAAGUAUCCUUUAUAAAAUAACUAAGAUAGUACGCGCUCUCUGAUUGGCCAAGAGGCUUGUUUGCAUGAGAGCAUGGAUCCAUGAUGAGAGUAUGUAAGCAUGGUUGUGACGUCAAGAUGUUUUGCUUUUCGCGCGCUAAUCACGCAACCACGAAUUUGAAAAGGUUUUUGAGUUGAAAGCUCGACAAGUGUACUUUAUUUACCCACUCCCUCGUCGGCUGAAACUUGGAAAAUCUUUACAAAACAUUUUUUCGAGGGGUUGGGAGAAUUCUUGACAGUUAUGUAAAACGUUUUCUAUUGUUGGAGGUCAAACACACGAAGUUAACCGAUUAAUUCUUUGGCUUGUAUUUCACAACACCUAUUCCCAUAAGGCCAAAGUUUGGAUUGUUCGAUCAUGGCCGUUUUAUCAGUCCAAACUUUGCGUUAACCUCCUUUUUUUCUUUCACUUUAGGAUACAUAGGGCGCUUUCUAUUCAGCGCAAAAUCCCGGAAAUUUCGGUUCGAAAUCAAAUGGAACGCACUAUUUCGGUUAGGUCCGACUGGAGUAUUUGGGACCCCUUUUGAACGUGGUCCACAAAGGUGAUCGAUCGGACCGAAAUGUCCCUAUCCAUUUGACAAAAUUGUUGCCCCCCAGAGCCGCUCUUCUGCAAAUAACCAAGCACGCGGUGGCUUGGGUCGGGUCUGUGCAACCGGAUUGUACCGUUCCAUUGGGCACGUGGAAUUUCAGAAAUUUUCAACCGGAAUUUUUCUUGAAUAUAAAGCUCCCACAGUGUUUAUAAACAUACAAAGCAAUUUGAAGAAUUAAAUAGCGAAUUAUAUACUUGUGGAGUAGAGGCUAAAGAUAUCCUUUUUGGAUUGAAGGUAAAAUAUUACAGCGUACCUUGUUUGCACGCCGUAUGUAGUCCCCAGGAUUCAGUAUCGCUCUAAGACAAAAAUUGCAGAGAAGAACAAGGAGGGGCGCCUAGGAACGAAACAGUCGCUUGCCAACUCCAGUUGCAGUUUUUAAAAAAUCCUAAGCAGAUCUUUACCUUGACUGGUACUAUAGUUACGAUCCUGACGUCACUAAAAUGUCCCUAGAGGCGUUAUCGUCAUUAGCAACGCAUUGUUUCCUUGAAAUACAGAAAAACGUCAAAGUUCCCACUCACGAGAUUUUACAGCAUUUCCUGAAGGUACGAGGUUUAUUCAAACGGUAGAAUUGUCACAGUUUGUCAUAUAAUUCAUUAAAGAUAAAGAGGAGAUUGAAAACAAGUGAAUAUGGUGAAUGUUAAUAUUUUGGGGGGUUUUUGCCACCCUAGUGCGACCCAAAACUUCCUGCCUUUCUUGUGUCUAAUCUCCUCUCGUCCUCAUUUCGAGUAAGCACGACAAAUGUGGCAAUUUUUACGCUGAUUUUGCCGUCAUUUUAUGACUUGGUAGCAGUUGGCGUUUUCCCGCCAUUGGUGCAAGUCACAUGUAUUAGCUCCGAGUUGCGAUUGGCUCGGAUUGUUUGCUGCUAUUGUGAUUGGUCAAGGCUCUUAAAUUGGUUGGCGGGUUCACAGUUGUGAGCUCAAUGCCUUGGCCUUUGAAUGGAAGCAAGGCUGGAGGUUGCCUGUUUUGGUACAAACCUUCCUGUUUUUCACAUGUAAAUUGUGAUGUUCACGGUCUUAUUAGCAUGAGAAUAACAUGAUUUGCAGUUGAAUUACAGGAAAUUUUGUAAGAUAACAACUUCACCUCCAGCCUCGCUUCCAGGAAAAGGCCAGUGCACUGAGCAAACAACUGUAAAAUACUAUUAAAUGUCCUCUUGGGCAGAUUUAGCGGGAAAAAAAAACCGGUUUGACCAAUGACAGAGCGGUAAAUUGGGCGCCGGAAGUGGCGUUCAGUCCGUUACUGUUGUCAUCCCGUCGUCAAAUGACGUUCCCUUUCUGUUGCUAAAUCACUCUAUUAUUUGAAUGCAUCAUAUCAGAGUAUUUUCCACGUGGUUCAAUAAAUAUCUGGUUGUUUUGUUUCAGACUCUGUUUGACAUGCUGCUUUUCCAGUCGUUUAACAUGGAUCUACUUCAACCAGCAGCCGAAGCUUUCCUUGCCUUGAUUUGCUGUCACCAGGUAAUAACUCACUUUUUUAUAUUGUUAUAAAUAUAAUUAUCCUCUCCCCUUAUGGGGCUUUUCAGGGCUUCUUGUGCUUGUGAUCCCCGUACUCUCCUUAUCAGAGUUGCAAGUAAUACGAGAUUAUGCUCAAAAUUUGGAGGAACAACUUUGAAUGGAGGGGAGGGAGGAAGGAGGUGAUUGUUUUAUCUCACAGAUGUGAGACCAGCAGUGAAGUGAAAACGGCCGGUUUUUCGUCGAGUGUCUUAACGUUUCUUAACAUUUCUGGUUGUAGCGAACGUAAGAAUCGUAUGUUAAAAUCGCACCACAUCAAGAAAUCUUUUUUUCAUUUUAGUUGUAUUACACGCAGUUAGUUCGCAAUCUUCUUGCGCAGCAGACGGACCAAGUUGUAUGUCAGCGUCUUUUGGAUGCCUUUAAUCAACUGACACCAAGCGACAUGAAGUUGUCUUUGGACAGAGUCAACAGAAUGCAAUUCAGGAAAAGUCUAGACGUGUUUCUUGGAAGUGUCAAGGGAUUUCUGUGUGUCAAGUGACACCGACAGUGAAAAUGGUGAAGAACCAAAGAUUCAGCUACAAAACAAAGUUGACUAGUUGUUGUGGACGGAAACGUAUAUCUUCCUCUUGAUACCGAGUAUAGACUGGGCACUAGAGCUAGCGGGAUUUCGCCGGCGGAAAUAGUGAAAAUUAAGGAUUACAUCUCGUCAAGAAAACGUCGUCUUCUUCGCUGGUAUGACGUUCCUGUUUUUGAGAUGCGGAAGGGAAGGAUGAUGCGUUAAAAUAUGUCUAUUUCUAAGGCAUGAGAUGAAAUACGCAUUGGAAUAUACUUUAGUUAUCGCUAAGGUUUCGGUGCGCGGUUAAAUGGCUGUUCAUUUACCGAAUAGCCUUGUUUUAUAAAAACAAUGACAGAGACCAGAAUAGUUUUGCUAUCACUGAGUUGAAAGUCUAAUACUAUUCACGUUAUUCUCUGUGUCUAGUAGCGUGUACAACUGUGACAUUGAAAGCUGUUUUCCUUGUAAGUUAUCGUUGACUUAAACAUAGUCACCAUGAAUAGUAUUCAGUUAUAGCAUGUAGUGUCGCUCUCAGGAGAGUCCUAUUUGUGUCCCACCAUGUAAAGGUUGUAAAACGUACGAAUAUCACAUUCUAAAACAAGGACUAGAUUUUCUCAAUACUUAUAGUGCUCGCGCGUGAACUAGCGUCAUUUUGGCAGGAAAACGCGACAGCCAUCAUCAUUUUACUGCGAGUUUUAGAAUAUAGUUGUGGCGGGAACAAGUAAAAAUAACGGCGCUAACUUUCCUUGAGAAAAUCUUUAGGUCUCUAUUGAGGAAAAGGAAAAAGGAAACGUGUUGCGAUCGAUGGGACGGGCAGCUUGUUGUCGUUUCCCGCUGUUUUACUCAUCCCAUAGUUCCCCGCGCGUUCACUUUCCAUUUACUGUGAGGAGAGAGACCCUAGCCUAGCCUCGUCCCCAGGAGUUCUUGGCUCGGUCAAUCCUGGACUCUACCGUGAGCUGUGACGUUACUGAGAGAGAUUCGCCCGCUCUUUCUCAGACUUCGCGCGUACAACGGGACAAGAGAGAACGCCUAAGGACUAGGCUGAGAGAGACCUAGUUCAGUCCGAGUUGUUUAGCAACCUCGUUCCCAGGUUCUUCUCUUUAUCUGCCCCUCUGUCCUUUUUUUUUCCUGAGGGUGAGGGACGAGUAAGAGAGGACCCUGGGAACGAGGUAAGUUCUUUAGCUUCUACCCUCGCCAAAGCCAAUUACCUCGGUUCGUUUGAUAACAAGCCCUUAUUUUUAUAUACACGUAGAGGUAUUUGGACAGGCGCCGAUUUUGGGGGUAUUCAGAGCGUUUUUUUUAGAAAUGAAUGCACGGUUUUUUUAACGACUAGCAUUUCACCUUUAAUUUUACGGCAGGAUGAUUGGUUAUUAAAUGUAGUGAACGGUGGCAACGAAAUAAAAUUCAGCCUUCAUGGCUCUUAAUAUUUUCCCUGAAGUGCGGGCCACACACUGCAUGCGUACUGUUCUAAAAAUAUUUUAACGAAUAUUUUUUUACCUAGAGGAAAGGUAGCAGUCGCCUUCUUAGACUUUAACAAUCUUAUUAAUUAUUAUUACUAAGAGAUAUGUACAAUAUAUUGUUUUUGAAACUGUGUAAUAAGCGUGUGGUUUGUCUAAUUGUUUGUUCGUUUUAUUAAUUCUAAAAAAGUUGGUUACGGCUCGUUUGUUUUAAAUUAGACCAUCUGCUAUCAGGCUAAAUUUAUAGCGUCCCCCUUAAACUCUUUUACCACUUUUUCUUUCACUUCGACCGCCUGUCUUGACUGCAUCUUGAUAAAGUCGCAAUAAAACAUACCAACUUGUUUAACAAAGCAACCAAAAUAAAUAAUGGCUGCCUUUCCUAACUAUCGGAAGCGGACUCAGCUGUAUGCCCCUUGAUCUCCGAGGAUGACGUUGUCAUCGGCUAUAGUUAGAAUUCGAGGCCUUAAGAUUCUAAGACGAGGAGGAAUGCGAGAACGAGAAUUUCUCAAUACUAAGUAGUGCGCGCGCGUGAACCAUCGUCAUUUUGGCUGUAAAAUGCGAUAACCGUCAUCAUCCUAAUUCGAGGUUUAGGGAAUUGUCGUAGUGAUAGGCCUAGAUACAAGAAUUCCACAAAAUGGUUUAAAUCUAUUUGGAAAUUCUCCAAAAAAUGUCUAUAAAUCCCAAUUUCAUCUCUAAAAAUCUUGAAAAUUUUUCUAAAAAGUCUGAUUUAUCCCAUUUUUUUAAUAAUCACAUAAUGUGCAUAGAAGCGGGAUUCUUUGCCUGUGCAACAAAUUGCAUGCAAACACCUUCAAACUGAUUCAAAAUGGAAAUUUAUUUACUAGACAAUGUAAGUGUUUCGUUCAGUUUACAUAUUCCUCUUCAGUUCAAACAAACGAUAGCGACAAUAAGAACUUAGAAGUGUUUGACAUUUCAUGUGGCAUAUCCGAGGAAAAAAAACAUCACCACUAGAUUUUUUUAAACAUUAUCGUCUAAAAAUCAUAAAAAUCUCUUAAAAGUCCUAGCCUGAAAUUCAUCUGAUUGCUUCGAGUCGUUUUCUCCUACUGAGGGAGUAAAAACGACUUGAAGUAAUCGGAUGAAAUUCAGGCUAUUAAAAUCCCAUUUGACUAUAAAAAAUCGUACUUUUGAUUUAAAAAAAUAUUUCCGGGGUAUCUUUUUUCUUGAGAAUACGCAAAAGAAAUUCAAGCUAGACCUGGUCCUCGAUUUUAAAGGAAAUCUGAAUAAAUUUGAGAGGUGAUCUUUAUGGGUAGGUAGGAAUGAAAUACAUGUAGUAUAAAACCAUUUCUUUUGGGGGGUUGGGGGAAGGGGGUACAAACUCUUUAGUUUUCAAAAACGCAUACUAAGACAGUAUACCAAGAAAACAGAAACCAAAUGGGUACAACAAGACAGGUUUCCAAAACAUAGAAAAAACCAUUUGAGACACUGCCGAAGCAUUUCGAAACAUUUGGCUGUUGCAAGCCCCUGUUAAAUUUUAAAACUAAAUUCAUAAAAACUGAAGGCGUACUUUUCUUUGCUGCUUUCUUUAUUUUGGUUCACAUGCUGAAUUACAUCACGCUCUUCAUCCGGUACAUAAUAUGAUAACAUUGGGGGAAAGGUUAACCUUAUGAACCUGUAAUAGACUCGAUCAAGAGAGGAUGAAUUAGAAAAGAUUUCAAAACUAGUAAUAACCACAGGUUACGGACAUCCUCGAAGACCCAAGGGCGGAUAGUGGAGGCGAUAGAAAGUCUACAUGGACGGAAAAAAUUGGCGCGAAGAAAAGUGAAAAACUGGGAGGAGAGCCCAUGGGGCAAUGUUUUACCAGACCAGUUUCAAACGGUCGCGGGGGUUCUGGCUUCCUAUUGGUUCCUGGAAACUUUUAUGUUUUUCUGCCCAAUUAGAGGGCAGCAGACCUUGGAGUCGUUUCGUGUGUUCUUACUUAACACAACAUAACAAUGGCCACUCUAUGAGAUGAAAUAGUUUUUGUUGAGGAAUGCAACUUUGUAAAUGAUGGCAGGAGGUUUUUUAUUGACGAGAAAGACGAAGAGGAAUACGAAAUUUCUGAAACAGAUUUAAGUGACUUUUCGCGCGAGUUUUCAGAGCAAGAGGAUACUUCGUCAUCCGAAAAGAAAUAGUUCCAGGCCGGCGCCCGAAAAAAAGUACGAAAAAGCAAACUACCAAAAAACCCCGUGGAAAACAAACAGCAGACAAGAGAGGAAAAGUUAGAGGGAAGAAAAAUAAGUUCCUCACAAAAACGGAACUGGGUGAAAUCUUUUUUUCAUUUUAGUUGUAUUACACGCAGUUAGUUCGCAAUCUUCUUGCGCAGCAGACGGACCAAGUUGUAUGUCAGCGUCUUUUGGAUGCCUUUAAUCAACUGACACCAAGCGACAUGAAGUUAUCUUUGGACAGAGUCAACAGAAUGCAAUUCAGGAAAAGUCUAGACGUGUUUCUUGGAAGUGUCAAGGGAUUUCUGUGUGUCAAGUGACACCAACAGUAAAAAUGGUGAAGAACCAAAGAUUCAGCUACAAAACAAAGUUGACUAGUUGUUGUGGACGGAAACAUAUAUCUUCCUCUUGAUACCGAGUAUAGACUGGGCACUAGAGCUGGCGGGAUUUCGCCGGCGGAAAGAGUGAAAACUGAGGAUUACAUCUAGUCAAGAAAACGUUCCUGUUCUUGGGAGAUGCGGUAGGGAAGGAUUAUGCGUUAAAAUAUGUCAAUCUCUAAGGCAUGAGAUAAAAUACGCAAUGGAAUAUACUAUAGUUAUCGCUAAGGUUCCGGUUUGCGGGGUAAACCGUGCUGUUCAUUUACCCAAUGGCUUGUGUCAUAAAAACAAUGACAGAGACCAGAUAAGUUUUGCUAUCACUGAGUUGAAAGACUAAUACUACUCACGUUAUUCCCUGUGUCUAGUAGCGUGUACAGCUGUGACAUUGAAAGCUGUUUUCCUUGUAAGUUAUCGUUGACUUAAACAUAGUCACCAUGAAUAGUAUUCAGUUAUAGCAUGUAGUGUCGCCCUCAGCAGAGUCCUAUUUGUGUCCCACCAUGCAAAGGCUGUAAAACGCACGAAUAUCACAUUCUAAAACGAGGACUAGAUUUUCUCAAUACUAAUAAAGCUCGCGCGUGAACUAGCGUCAUUUUGGAAGGAAAACGCGACAGCCAUAAUCAUUUUACUGCGAGUUUUAGAAUAUAGUUGUGGCGGGAACAAGUAAAAAUAACCGUGCUAACUUUUCUUGAGAAAAUCUAAAGGUCUCUAUUGAGGAAAAGGAAAAGGAAAAAGGAAACGCGUUGCGAUCGAUGGGACGGGCAGCUUGUUGUCGUUUCCCGCUCUUUUACCCAUCCUAUCGUUCCCUGCGCGUUCACUUUUUUAAUUUACUGUAAGGACAGGGACCCUAGCCUAGCCUGAUGCGAAAAAAGAUCCUUGUGCGAUGUUUGGAUCUAAUAAUGAUCGCCUUUUUCCCGAGAAAUAUACAGUGAAAGACCAUAUUUCUAAUACUAAACUAGAAAAAGGCGAUCAUUAUUACAUCCAAACACGACACAAGGAUCUUUUUUCCCAUUACAAUCUUAUUCUUAGAAAACUUUAAGAAAAAAUGUCCCGAAAAGCUCUCGAAAACAAAAACGAAAUGUGCUCAUGCCCCCUGGGCAUCCUAUAAUACUCCUUAAAUCGAAUUAAUUCAAUAUGGCCGCCGUAUCGGCAAAAAGGUCUAUUACCUCGGUUCGUUUGAUAACAAGCCCUUAUUUUUAUAUACACGUAGAGUUAUUUGGACAUGCGCCGAUUUUGGGGGGGAUUCAGAGAGUUUAUUUAGAAAUGAAUGCACGGGUUUUUUAACCAGUAGCAUUUCACCUUCAAUUUUACGACAGGAUGAUUGGUUCUUAAAUGUAGUGAACGGUGGCAACGAAAUACAAUUCAGCCUUCAUGGCUCUUAAUAUCUUCCCUGAAUUGUAGGCCGCACACUGCAUGCGUACUGUUCUAAAAAUAUUUUAA